AUGGCUUCCUCUUCGCUCGACAUCGAGGCAGCCCAAGCGCACAAGGACGGCGGCGAUGGCGGAUACACAACCGCAGCCACUGCUCACGCGGUAGACACAGAUUCAUGGCAGCAGGUCGGGCUGCUGCUGGUGACGGGGUUCAACUGCGGCUACGUGCUCAGCUUCUCCAACCUGAUGAUGGUGCCGCUGGGGUGGUGGUGGGGCGCCGCCUGCCUGCUCCUCGUCGCCGGCGCCGCCUGGUACGCAAACUGGCUCCUCGCCGGACUCCAUCUCGUCGACGGCCACAGGUUCAUCCGCUACAGGGACCUCAUGGGCAGCGUUUUCGGGAGAAAAAUGUACUACAUCACCUGGUUCCUGCAGUUCGCCACCCUGCUCCUGGUGAGCAUGGGCUUCAUUUUACUUGGUGGAAGAGCUCUCAAGGCAAUCAGCGCCGAGUUCAUGGGCGACUCCACUCCGAGGCUGCAGUGGUUCAUCGCAGCGGCGGGCGCCGUGUACUUGGUCUUCGCCUACUUCGUGCCGACGCUGUCCGCCAUGAGGAACUGGCUCGCCACCUCCGCCGCGCUCACCGUGACCUUCGACGUCGCCCUCCUGGCCGUGCUCGUCAAAGACGGGAGAUCGAGCAAGCACACGGACUACAGUACCCACGGGACCCAGCUGGAGAAGGUGUUCAGCGCACUGGGCGCCGUCGCUGCUACCCUCGUCUGCAACAGCUCCGGGCUGCUCCCCGAGAUACAGUCGACGCUGCGGAAGCCGUCGGUGUCCAACAUGAGGCGGGCGCUGGCGCUGCAGUACACGGUGGGGGCGGCGGCCUACUACGGGAUCACCGUGGCCGGCUACUGGGCGUACGGCGCCGCCGCGUCGGAGUACCUACCCAACCAGAUCGGCGGGCCGCGUUGGACCUCCGUGCUCAUCAACGCCGCCGCCUUCCUCCAGAGCAUCGUCUCGCAGCACAUGUUCGCGGCGCCGAUCCACGAGGCGAUGGACACGCGGCUGCAGAGGCUGGACGAGGGCAUGUUCUCGCGCCACAACAUGGCGCGCCGCCUCGUCGCCAGGGGAGUCCUCUUCAGCGUCAACGUCUUCGUCACAGCGCUCUUCCCCUUCAUGGGCGACUUCGUCAAUCUCUUCGGCUCAUUCGCGCUCUUCCCGCUCACCUUCAUCUUCCCCAGCAUGAUGGUCCUCAAGAUCAAAGGUCGAUGUGACGGGAGAUGGCACAGGCUCUGGCACUGGGGUAUCAUCGCCGUCGCCUCCGUUCUCGGAAUUGCGACAUCCGCCGCAGCUGUCCGUCUCAUCGCGCACAACAUCAGCGUGUACCGUUUCUUCGCCGACGUGUAA